AUGGCUUCCUUCAUUCUAAAGUACUUUACAAACCGCAUCCUCAAGGACAACCAAUUGAACCGCUUUGGUGUCGAGGACCCCUACCACGAGUACAUUCCUUCCGAUGCCUCUGGCCGUGGCAAGCUCAAGAAAAUUCCCCGUAGAAUUCCCGAGGGCCUUUCUGCCAACGACAUUGGCGUGUUGAACCAGUUCAAGAAGAAGGCGUACCGCUACGACAUGUGGUUUGGAUUUUUGGGCGUCAAGUUCGGCUGGACCAACAUUGUAGGAGUGGUGCCAGUGGUGGGCACCAUCAUAUCCACCUACUGGUCGCUUGGACUAUUGGUGUUGGCGAGACGGUUGGACGACGGCUUCCCGUUGGACCUCCAGUUGCUCUUCGUGUUCAAUAUCUUGGUUGAUUUCUGCUUGGGGUUGAUCCCAAUAGUGGGAGAUCUCAUUGAAAUCGGAUACAAGUCCAACUCCAGAAACUACCUUUUGUUGGAAAAGCACUUGAUCAGAGUGGGCGAAAAGAACAAGGGUUUGAUCUCCAAGGAGGAGGUCAGACCUGGCUUUAUCAAUGACAAGAUCCAGCCGUUUGUGGACGAAAACGUCAAGCCUGGCGCACUCAAGGCCGGAGAACACUUGAAGUCUCUCAUC